AUGACGCGAAGCAUAUUCACCCCGCUACUAUCCGUUCUUUUCCUACUACUUCUAGCCAAUUUUGAAAUUGCCUUUGCUCAAGGCGUCGCCGACAUUCCGCUCACGGUGGUUACAACGACGCCCACACCUCCAAACCGCCAAGCCGGUUCAUUCAGCGGGGGUCGUCCGGGAUGGGACCCGCGCUGGGGAAUCGGGCCCGUUAUUCCACCGCCUGGCGUACUGGAUGAACUAAAGGUAGACGAUAGCGACCCGCCGUCGUUUUCUGAUCCUGAAACGGGAGACGGGAAUGCAGGAGACACCUCAGGGGAUAAAGUCGAUCCGCCGUCUGAUGAGUAG